GGGCCGGGCGGGCGGGCGGGGGCGGCCCGCUGCCAGCAGCCUGUAGGACCUCGGCUGGGGCGCGGCGGUGGGCUGGAGCCUGGCGUGAGGGAGGGGCCGCCGGCGGCGGGGCAGGAUGCUGCAUCCCCGGGGCCGUGACAGCCGAGGCUCUGCCGUGCGCCGGCCGUGCCCGGCCCGCUCCCCGCCGCGCCGCUCCAGAGCCCCAAGGCAUGAGGAUGGCCAGCCCUAAAGCCACUGGGCUCUCCUGGGAGUUCACUUGGCUUGCUAUUGCCCUCUAUGCUCAUCUACAGACAAGAGCAGAGCAAUCCCAAGGUGCAUACUUCUUGCCUGAGUUUGCACUUUCUCCACAGGGGAGUUUUCUUGAGGAUACCACGGGGGAACAAUUCCUCACUUACCGUUAUGAUGACCAGAACUCCAGAACUACCCGCUCAGAUGAAGACAAGGAAGGUGCCUGGGAUGCCUGGGGUGCCUGGAGUGAUUGCUCACGGACCUGUGGAGGGGGAGCCUCCUACUCCCUGAGGAGAUGUUUAAAUGGCAGGAACUGUGAAGGUCGGAAUAUUCGAUACAAAACCUGCAGUAGUAAUGACUGCCCUUCAGAUGUAGGUGACUUCAGGGCCCAACAGUGCUCAGCCUACAAUGAUGUCAAAUACCAGGGACACUUGUAUGAAUGGAUCCCUGUGUAUAAUGAUCCUACCGCGCCGUGUGCCCUGAAAUGUCAGGCUCUGGGGAAGAACUUGGUUGUGGAGCUUGCCCCAAAAGUGCUCGAUGGUACUCGUUGCAAUAUUGAAUCCUUGGAUAUGUGCAUCAGUGGAAUAUGCCAGGCAGUAGGCUGUGAUCGACAACUUGGGAGCAAUGCCAAGGAAGACAACUGUGGAAUCUGUGCAGGAGAUGGUUCAACAUGCAGGCUUGUGAGGGGACAAGCUAAGGCACAUGUCUCACCAGAAAAAAGGGAAGAAACUGUGAUUGCUGUUCCACAUGGGAGUCGCAGUGUGAGAAUUACCCUGAAAGGACCAGCACACCUUGUUAUAGAAUCAAAAACGCUACAAGGAGAAAAGGGAGAGCACAGUUUCAAUGCUCCUGGAACAUUUGUCAUUGAAAAUACAACUGUUGAAUUUCAGAAGAGUACAGACAGGGAAAUCAUAAAGAUCCAGGGACCUCUUGGAGCAGAUUUCAUUAUCAAGACCAGGUACUCUGGAUCAAAAGAGAGCGUGGUUCAGUUCUUUUUCUAUCAACCCAUCAGUCAUCAGUGGAGACAAACUGAGUUCUUCCCCUGCACAGUGACAUGUGGAGGAGGUUAUCAGCUUAAUUCAGCUGAGUGUGUGGACAUUCGUCUGAAGCGUGUUGUUCCUGACCACUAUUGUCAUUAUCACCCAGAAAACAAGAAACCAAAGCCCAAGCUAAAAGAAUGCAACAUGGAUCCCUGCCCCUCUAGUGAUGGAUUUAAAGAAAUCAUGCCCUAUGAUCACUUCCAGCCACUCCCUCGGUGGGAACAUAAUCCAUGGACUGCAUGUUCAGUUUCCUGUGGAGGUGGUAUUCAGAGGAGAAGUUUUGUGUGUGUAGAGGAGACCAUUCAUGGAGAGAUACUGCAAGUGGAAGAAUGGAAAUGCAUGUAUGCCCCAAAGCCCAAAGUCAUUCAGACCUGCAAUCUGUUUGAUUGUCCGAAGUGGGUGGCAAUGGAAUGGUCUCAAUGCACAGUGACCUGUGGCCGAGGCUUGCGGUACCGAGUGGUGCUGUGCAUUGACCACCGCGGGCAGCACGUCGGGGGCUGUAACCCACAACUUAAACUGCACAUAAAAGAGGAGUGCAUCGUGCCAAUACCGUGUUACAAGCCAAAAGAAAAAAGUCCUGUGGAAGCAAAAUUGCCAUGGUUUAAACAGGCCCAUGAAAUGGAAGAGACCGUAACAGUCUCAGAAGAGCCAACGUUUAUUCCUGAGCCCUGGUCCCCGUGCAGUGCCACGUGUGGCAGUGGUGUACAGGUGCGGGACGUGAAGUGCCGAAUUCUUCUCGCGUUUACUCAGACCGAGGUUGAACUGCCUGAGGAGGAGUGUGAAGAUGAGAAGCCACCAACAGAACGAGUCUGUCACCAGGUGUCCUGUGACAGUGAUCCUGUCCCCUACACACCAGAAUUUUCACAUGCUGAAGAUGGCAAUGUGAUUUACGACUGGGAAUACAUUGGGUUUACUCCUUGUUCUGCCACGUGCCUUGGAGUUCAAACCUGGAAGACAGAAGCUGGGAGGGAUGCCCCAGAAUGGGAUCAGCAGGAUGGAACACAGGAAGCCAUUGCAAUGUGUCUUCACGUAGAGACAAAACAAGGUGUCAACGAAACCUUGUGUGACAAUUCCAAGAGACCACCACCAAUGACUCGUACUUGCAACACGAAGCUUUGCCCUCCGAGGUGGCAAAGCGGCCCCUGGAGACGCUGCUCGGCGACCUGUGGCGUUGGGAUACAGACACGAGACGUGUCCUGCCAGCAGCCCGGAGGAUCUGCUGUUGCUGCUGAAGAGUGCAAAGACCAAAAGCCUCAUUCGUUACAAGCUUGUAACCAGAUCGAUUGUCCGCCUGUUUGGCACGUUGAGGAAUGGCAGCAGUGUUCACAUACUUGUGGAGGAGGGAUUCAGACCCGCAACGUGUACUGUAAGCAGCUGUUGACAGAUGGAAGUUUCCUGAAACACUCUGAUGACACCUGCCAGGAACCUAAAUUGCCGACUAGUAAACCAUGUGCAAAAAUUGAUUGUCCUCCUCAGCUGGUCUUUGGAGAAUGGUCCAAGUGCUCAGUAAGCUGUGGUGUUGGAAUCCAGAGAAGGAAACUUGCCUGCCAAAACCUAACAGCAAAGGGCCAAUAUGUCACAUUAAAUGGAUCAAUGUGUAGUGGUCUGUCUCCUUCACUGCUUGUAAGGUCUUGUCAGAUGAAUGCCUGCAACAAGAUUAAACCUAAGCUUCCAGGAAAGUUUUCUGCCCAUGGACCUCAGAUUGUCAGUAUUCAUCGAGUCUAUAUUCAAACAAGACAAGAGAAGCGCAUUAAUUUUACCAUAGGGAGCCGAGCCUACUUACUUCCAAAAACAUCUGUUGUAAUUAAGUGCCCUGUACGAAGGUUCCAGAAAUCACUUAUCCGUUGGGAGAAAGAUGGACAAGUCUUACAAAACUCCAAAAGACUUGGCAUCACUAAGUCAGGCUCGCUGAAAAUACACUGUCUGGAAGCUACUGAUAUCGGCGUGUACAGGUGUAUUGCAGGCUCUGUGCAUGAAACUUUUGUCCUCAAGCUCAUUGGUACUGACAACAGACUGAUAGAACCACCAGCCCUUAGAAAACAUGCCAGUGAGACCAGUAAUGCAGAUCACAACGAGGCCAACAGCUUUGGGGCCAAAUGGCAUAAAAUGAGCAAAAUGUGGCAGAUGUGGAGUAAGAAGAACGAGCUCUAUCUGGGUGACAGGCAAGUAAACGAUCAACCGUUCCUUCGAACCCUCGAAAGCUUUGGGAGUAAUUCAGCAGAAGGUUUCAGCUCCCGUGAGUUCAAGAACAAGCGCCUGGAGGCGGCGGUUCUGCAGGGCGCCUACAGCAUGGACACCGUGCAGUUCGAGGAGCUGAUAAGCAACAUGAGUCAGCUCAUUGAAACGGGAGAAGUCAGCGAUGACUUGGCAUCCCAGGUCAUUUACCAGUUGAUUGCUGAGUUAUCUAGGCCUCCACAACCAACUACCGAGAAGUGGAAGGGGGCCCAGGAUGAGAAACUUGCCUCAAAACUCGCAAGCAAAUCGCCAAACGAAUCCGAGCGUUUUGGCACAAAAACAGUUGAUAAGUUAAUGUUUGACCAGAAGGUUCCAGUUAUUAUGAGGCAAAAGGAAAUUCCUCGAGUUUCCCUCAACAAAACAGUAACUGUAAGAAUUGGAAAUACAGUUUUUCUGACCAAGAAUACUGGGACUGUCAAUCUACUGUGUGAAACAGCUGGUACUAGUGAAGUGAAAUAUACUUGGACGAAAGAUGGCGAGACAUUAAAAGCCUCUGAGAAAGUGAUCCUGGACACCAUUGGAAAAGUGCAGAUUCGGAAUCCUACCCAAAGGGAACUCGGCACAUAUGGAUGCCUGGUUGUUAAUGACUUUGGGUUUGAUACAGAAACAUCAGUGCUAUUGCGUGCAGAGAUUCCUGUCAUCUUGUCCUCUGUGUUAAAUGUGACAAAUCUGGAAGCCAGAAGUUUCUCAGCAGUUGUUGGAGAUACAAUCGUGGCAAGAAUUGGAGCAAAUAUUAUGAUUGAGUGUCCAGUGAAAGGUGUUCCACAACCAAACGUAACAUGGUUGAAGAAGAAAGACAUUCUACAAAUCAAUUCUUUCUUGGUUUUGAAUGGCUCUUUAUUUCUGAGGAAUGUUUCCUAUGAAGAUGCAGGAAUAUACACCUGCAGAGCAACUAAUGCUCUCGGAAAAGCUGAAGCUGCUUCUGUUCUCCAAAUAACUGAACAAAGAUUUACAGAGAGUAGCACUCAAUUCUCAAAGGGAAGCAGAAGAAGGCGUAUCAUAAUGGCAUCUGGAAUUGGUACAAAUGUCACUGUGGUACCUGGAGAUCCGCUAAGAAUAGGUUGCCCGGUGCUGCCCAGCUACAGACACACAGUCCACUGGCUUUUUGGAGAUAGUCCAGUUGAGGAAGUUAAGACCUUGGAAUACCGAACCCUGGUUGGGGGUCGUAUCCUAGAGGUGAACACCAACUCUGGUCAAUUUGCUGGACAAUUCCAAUGUUGGACUUCAGCUAGUGCAAAACUAAUGUCAGUUUGGGUAAAUGUCAAGAAGGAAGAUUAUGCAUGGGAAUAUGCUGAGUGGAGUCCUUGCUCUGCGAGCUGUGGGCAUUCAGGAACCCGCUCCAGAGGGCUACAGUGCAUGAACGCAGAGAAACAGAAAGUAAACGAAUCCCAGUGCAGAGAGCUGCAAAAGCCAGUGAUUAUUCACCAGUCAUGCAACAAAGAGGACUGCCCUGCCAGGUGGGUGGCUGGUCCGUGGUCUGAGUGCUCUGCAUCUUGUGGCGAUGGAUUCCGCCAUCGACAACUCACAUGUCAACAACUAAAAGCCAACGGCAGCAUGCUGGCACUGCUGCCAGGAGCUUGUACACACAGGGAUCGGCCUGUGGGAAGGAAACCCUGCACGGGCCACUCGUGUUCAGUGGGGCCAGUACAGACAAAGGGACAGUGCUCUGGUCGCUGUGUAGGCCGCCCUGUAGGUUUACAGCAUCGUCAUUUUAUAUGUCAACUUCGUAAUGGAUCUUUGGUGCCAAACUCUUUUUGUGAUGAAAGAAAGAGGCCUCCUGUCAGAAGAAACUGUUCUUCAGAGGCAUGUGAUGUCUAUUGGAGGACAGGCCCUUGGAGGCCUUGCAGUGUGGACUGUGGGAGAGGAUUUCAGUCAAGACGAGUGUACUGCGUACACAGACAGAGUAAUAAACCUGUGGCUGAUCAGUAUUGUGGAUGGAGGAAGAGACCAGUGACCUGGCAACACUGCAAUGUCACAUCCUGUGGCAAAGGCGAAUGCAAGGAUACAACUCACUACUGUACAUUUGUAAAGCAACUAAAGUUAUGCUUGAUAGACACCUACAAACAAAGAUGUUGUCAAUCAUGUCAAGAAAUGUAAGUCCUCUAUGGCAAGUUCAUGAUGCUGCAGUGAAGAGAUGAGAAGAGAGGUCCAUUAAUCUAACAUGCUUGAAGUAUAUACUUGUAAAAGAGACAUUAGUUGUAAAAUUAAAUGGAAACGUGGGGCUAAUGAAAAAAACAGUAUUACAGAUUGAUGUGCUGGACAGGAUAUUUUUUCUGGGAACUUUUAUUAUUCACUCUUUGCAAUGGAACUUUUAAUGUUUUAAACAUUUUCAUUUCUGGAUUAGCAAGAUCAUGGCAUAUCAUCUGUAAAAUUUUACAGGCCAUCACAUUAUAAUUUUAUCAGGGGGAAAAAAGCAUUACCUAAAAACAGCAGAUAGGGCUUACUGUCCUUAAGAGAAAAUGUCACAAAAAUACUUUGAGAAAUUUUGCAGCAACUAUUGACCCCUAGGUUUUCAAUUUUUUUAUUAUAUUUAACACAAUUUUUAAAUUUAUAGAAGCUGUGGCUUGUUGUUGUAAAAUUUUUGGCAGCAACCUUAUUUUCAUAAACAGCUUGAGCUGAAGGGUUGAUCUCACAGGAUAUGUUUUACCGAUAUUAGCUGUGAGAUGGAUACACAGAAGUACAUUCAAUUUUUCAUGCUUGUACUUAUGUGUAUGCAGUAAAAGACACUAUAGAUGCUAAUACAAUUUUCAAAGCUGUUUUGAAUAAAUGAGGUGUCAUUUUUUGUUGUUUCUAUUCUAAUUCCAGUCUCUGAAGUACGAUUGAAGUUCUGGCACGAUUACACUUCAGUACUGAUAAUAAAUUAGACAGAAGGCUUCCUUGUCAGAGCUGUGAAGGAAACUGUGAUCAUUGUUCUCUUGCACAUCAAGUCAAAUGGGGAGCCAAUAACUGGCCAAACAUGGCUGUCAGAUUUCCUGUCUUGAAUAAUCAUUUUAUUUUUCUCCAUUAAUGGGGAAAAAUGUCCAAGGAGGAAUUAUUAAUUAUGAAGAUAAACAAGUGAAAGAAGCCUAUUUUGAGCAGUUUUCCAUCAAGAUGACUUUUCAUCAUGACCAUUAACCAUCUGAGUCUUUUGCAAGUUGAUAAAUUCUUAUUAUGAUAUUCCUGGCUAAAUUAUUUUCCAUAUUGCAGAUUGUCUGAUUUGGGCUGUAAGCAGAGGGAACCCCACAGGAGGCAGAAAAUAAAUGUUUUUUUUCUUUUGUAGUUUCCAAACUACUGCUCAUAUUGGAGGGCUGAGUGCUUGCAUUGACUUGGCUCUUGUGUUACACCACUGAGCUGUUCCAGGCUGGCGAGCAGGUGUGCUGUUAGAGCAGUUCCUACCCAGCAUUCCUGCACAGGGUUUGCAUCACUGAAAAUUAGGUUAGCACUACUGUAUAGAAAAUGUUUAAGGUGGACUGUUGAGUCCAGGGCUGACUGCAAGGAGAGGAUAUUCCUGAUCAUUACCUUUAAAAUCAGCAAUGGGUCUUGAUUGUUUAAGCCGUUUUUUUUUAAAUUAAAAUAAAACAUUUGUAAGAUACUUUUGUAGAUAUUUAUUGUCUGAUUUAAAAGUGCAAUAUUUUGUUUUGUACAGUGUUUAAUAAAGAUUUUUGGACGUAUAUUUUUUCUUAUUACCAAAAUUUCUUAUUCAUGUUUUCCCUUUAUAUUUAAAGUUUUCAAAUGUUAACACAUAGCAUUUUUUGUUGCGUUAACUCUGUCUUUGAUUAAGUAUGCAUGCUAUACAGAAGCAGUGCUGUAAAUGUUUCUUAUUGCAAUUGGCAUGACAUUCCUCUGUAGAUUAUUUUAUUGCUUCUCCAGUAACUGAAGAUUUUAGCUUUCUUGAAUGUAGUUUUGAUAUUUCUGAAAUAAAGUAUAGUUUGAUUAUUCAA